AUGCAGCUAGCUUGGACUCAACCGUGCUCCUCAGGAAAGCUGCUCCUGUGGCUGGCGUCCACCCUUCUCCUCUGGGAGAAUGUGGCCUCGACACCCAUGUGUGCAAUGAAGAAAGGCCACUGCUUCGUGACCUUGGCGGAGCUGUGUGACCGGGCAGUCAACGUGACUCAGCACAUCAGCAGCCAAGCCGCAGGAAUGUUUUCUGAAUUUGAUGCGCAGUACGCCCAUGGCCGGGGACGCCUUGGUGGAUUAAGAAUGUGCCACACUUCCUCCCUGUCUACUCCGGAAAAUAAGAAACAAGCCCUGCAGACCCAUCCUGUUGAUCUCCUGAAACUGGUGGCCAGUCUAUCGAGAGCCUGGAGUAACCCUCUGUACCAUCUAGUGAAUAAAAUGUCUACCAUGCGAGGAGCCCCCACUUCUGUUGUCCACAAAGCCAGAGAGAUUAUUGAAAAAAUCGAUGGACUACUGGAAGGUGUUCAUAAAAUGCUCUACAAGGUUAUGAGUGGAUAUAAACAAGAUGAUCAAUACCCAGCCUGGUUCGGACUGGCAGACUUGCUAUCACCCAAUGAAGAGAAAUGCAUUCUUGCUUGUUAUAAACUGAUCCGCUGCCUGCGCAGAGAUCUUAAAUAUGUGGACACUUACUUCAAGGUCCUGAAGUGCAGAAUGUUCCAAGGAAACAAAUGCUAAGCCCUCUUCUGUCUUUAGUGCU